AAAGGAUUCCAUAACUCUGGCAAAACCAUUUCUGAACUCCAGACAAGAAACACAGUGGCAAAAUUUUUUCAAAGAUAAAGAGGAAGAAGAAUUUGACUUCAAGGCAGAGUCCAACUUUAAACUUUUAGAAUUAUCUGAGUAUGUGAAGCAGAAAAGACUUGAAAAAUCAAGAAAUUACCAGCCAGUUACAAUUCCACAAAUAGUUACUGAUGAUAAAGAUAUGGAACCAGUGGUAAUUGGAAAACUAACAGCAAGUAAAAAAUCUAACACUAUCAAAUCACUAGCACUAGAGGUUGGGCAAAUGGUGCUAGUGGAUAUAGAAAAAUAUGCUGAUGAGUGGCCACAGGUUGGACAAAUACUAGAAAUUGCAGCUGGAUUGGUUAAGAUUCACUGGUACAAAGGCAGCAAGACAGGACCUUGGUGUCCAUGUACCAUUCCUGUACCAGGAAAACGAGGAAAAAGAAUGCCAUGGAUUGAAGAGAUAAGGGCAGAAGAAAUAUGGAAUAAUAAUUUCAACUUAACUAACAAAAACUGUUUGACAAAGCAAAUUAGAUAUGCCAUUGACAAUUACGACAAUUAA